GCAGAAUUUGGGACUCUGCCAUAUUCUUUCCAUUUAUUUAAAACGAUUAGAUCAUGAAAAUAAAGAGUGGUGUGCUGAGCUACAGGAACUGCAUUACCAAGCAGCAUGGAGGGGCAUGCAGUGGGACCACUGUGUUUCUGUCAGCAAAGGGAUAGAAGGAACCAGUUACCACGAAUCAUUGUACAAUGCUCUACAGGCUCUAAGAGACAGAGAAUUCUCCACUUUUUAUGAAAGUCUCAAGUAUGCCAGGGUUAAAGAAGUGGAGGAGCUGUGUAAGGGCAGCCUUGAGUCUGUGUAUUCCCUCUACCCUACGCUCAGCAGACUGCAGGCCAUCGGAGAGCUUGAGGACAUCGGGGAGCUUUUGUCAAGGUACGUGAUUCCAAUGACUGUGUAUCUCAAAGUGCAACCUUUCUGUUACCGACAGUAACUUUAAAAAAUAAACGCUAUGU